AUGAUUGCCGAAAAGUUUGACUAUCAGUCGCUGAUUGGUUCACUGAUGUACAUUGCGGUGAAUACCAGACCCGACAUAUUGCACUCAGUGUGCAAGUUGUCUCAACAAAAUGCAGACCCGCAUUCUGAACAUUUAGCAGCGGCAAAGCUUAUACUCAGAUAUUUAAGUAAGGCAAUCGAUUUUGGGUUGCAUUAUAGCAAGACUGGUGAUUGGAUAUGCGGUUACGUUGACGCUGACUGGGGUGGCGAUGCGACAGACCGUAAAUCAUUUACGGGAUACGCAUUUUUCUUCGGUGGAAGCGCUUUCAGUUGGGAAAGCAAGAAACAGCAAACAGUUGCACUUAGCAGCACUGAGGCCGAGUAUGUGGCGCUAUCGUCAGCUGCCAAAGAAUCCAUAUACCUUAGAAAAUUAUGGCAAGAAUUAAAAUUGUUUGAUAAAGGCGGUCCGAUCAUGAUAAACAGUGAUAACAUGAGCGCGAUGAACUUGGUCAAAAAUCCUGUUUAUCAUGGUCACAGUAAACACAUAGAUAUACAAUAUCAUUUUAUUCGAAAUGUAUAUCGUACGCAUCAAAUCGAUUUGAACUAUUGUCCUACUAAUGAUAUGAGAGCAGAUAUUUUAACUAAAAAUUUACAGAAGGCAAAACAUUAUUAUAAGCAUCUUGAAGUAGCUGUGGAGGAAAUUGACUGGGGAUGUAUCCGCAACUUAAUAUCUAGUAAUGAGCAAAUUAACUUCAUUGAAGAAAACCCAUUCAGAUUUCUACAACCUUGGAUUGAAGAAAUCCUUCUAAAAGCCAAGCAGCUGCAACCACAUUUUAUAGCUCUCCACGUGCAAGAGUUGGGCGGCAAGACUUAUGAAAAAGCAUCAAAUCAUGUUAAAGAAUUUGUCAAAUUACUUUGCGAAGCUGAUAUAAUGCAGGAAUUUUCAGUUGUACGGAUAUACAUGGACGAGAAUUGUCAGUCUUUAGAAAAUUUUACGGCAUUAGGGAGUUUAUACUUCUGCCAUAAAGGUAUACGAAACAUACGCACCUGGAACUUCGUAAAUGGAACGUGGGAAAAAUCCGAGGGAAAGCGUAUUUAUCUUGGAAAUAUAGAAUCAGUCCCUACUAAAGAGAAGUCAAAGUUUCCUCUUCAAUUGUUUCCAGAGUGUAAACGGUCCAGAAAAGGAUUUAUGAGGACACGUUGGGAUAUAAAUGGUACCGUCAUAGAUUUCGUAAAUAUUCAUUUAUUUCAUGACGCAUCAAAUUUAACAGCAAGAGAGGAGUUUCCGUCUAUUUAUUCCCAGAGGAGAAGAAAAGCUUUGGUUCAUAUAUUAGAAAGGUUUAAUAUGGAUAAGUUUAAUGAGCUAGUACCAUAUUUUGUAUUUGGGGAUUUCAACUUUAGAAACGAUACUGAAGGUGUUACUCAGAAAUUAACGAGCUUUCUUACGGAAUACCGCAUAUCUACCGGAGAUGUGAACAAUUUAAAAAUACAAUAUCGUAAUGAUGCAGGAGCAGAUAUUUUAACUAUUGGGAAGAAAGAAUUUAUUUACCUAAAUCAUCAAAACGAGUUUAGAGAAAAAUGGCCUGUUUACUUAAACAUUCGCAUACACCCCAACAAAGGUAUAGUAAAACCUGCGUCGAAGGUACCGGGUUGCUUGCUACACAUAUCGCAAAAAAUAAUGUACAACCAGUCAAAUAACUCGAGGGAAAGGUACAGAAUGGAGCCUAAAUUUCAAUUUAUAAAAGUGAAUGAAAUAUCAUUUCGAGGAAUUCCAAGUACCCUGGACUCACGAACGGCGAAGUGUAAUAAGGAUUGUGUUCAAAUACAUUGCUUGAGGAGAUCGAGUGAAGCUGGAAACUAUAUAAUUGUAAAAGAAACAGCAUUUUAAGUAUAACUUGUCACAUACAUAUGUACUUGAAUUCGUAUUGAGUACUAAAUUUUAUUUUCAGAAUGUUGUAUUUACUUAUAUUAUUGUAAAUGUUUGAUCAAAUAUAUGCCAGAAACUCGAGUAAAUUCCGAAAUUUACAUAGAUUGUAUUAUCUUUCAAGCAUCAGUUGUGUUUAAA